AGAAAUAGGUGUGCUUCAAUUAGGGGUAAUUACACAUGGAGGAAAGGGAGUCUUCGACAAGCCACACGUAUCUACCAGGCACGGCGAGCCUAGUGCAAGAGAUUGACAAGCGGCUCCUCGUCGUCCUGAGAGAUGGGAGGACUCUCAUCGGAUACCUCCGUAGUGUGGACCAAUUUGCCAAUCUUCUCAUGCAGCACACUGUGGAACGGAUCCACGUGGGAAAACAGUUUGGAGACAUUCCUCGUGGAAUAUACCUCAUCCGUGGAGAGAACGUCGCUCUCUGUGGGGAGAUAGACCCGGAAUUGGAGGGAAGACAGGAACUGGAGAGAGUCUCCAUUGACGAGAUCCUGGAGGCCCAGCGUGUGGUCACGGAGAAGAGGGAGGAGAAGAGGAAGAGACGAGAGCAGCUCUUGAGGUCACGAGGCAUGCGACCUUUGGACCACACCGAUUACGACAUCUGACUUUCAAUCCUAUGGCUGUAUCACUAAGUACGGUAGUACUUAGUAUGGGGGCUUUGUAUAUAUUUACCCACACAUCAAUGUCUAUCUUAUCCAUUCUAUAUAUAUAUUCUUCUUUCGCUUUCAAUUUUUCAUAAUAAUCUGAAUUUACAUGUGGCAAAAUUAACGACAAUAAAUACCGUUGGAACAUGAAAUAAUGAGACAGGAUUCAAAAUGUGCGAAAAAAGAGAAUAGUGCAUCAUUCAAUGAAAAAUAUGAGGAUUACAGUUUUGACUGUCAACCAGUGGGUGUGGCCUAGCUGCUGGGUGAGGGUGUGAGGGAGGGAGUGGAGGCAGUAGUGUUGAAGCCAUGUUGGAUGUGGCGGAAGUUGAUCGGGAGGCUAAUGUCAUUGCCAGUCAUCUUGCUGCUGGUGGUGGCCAGAUCUGGGACACUGGGAGAGGGAGGGAGAGACGUAAUGUAGCUACAAUCUAUGCUAAGAUCUCGUUACAAAUCUAUGGCAAGGAGCCAGUUGGACUAACAAUUAUUAGUCUAAAUUGCACAUUUUUGCCAAAGACCUCUCUCUUUGUUUUCUUGGUAAAGUUGCACCCAACGCAGUCACUAAAUCGAAAAAUAAACUAUGUUCUACAAUCCUUGUAACUGCGAAAUACUCUGACACCCUCUAAGAUGUGCUCCAUGCUCGCUCCACCAACAUACCUAGCUU